GUCACUGAUAUGAUGGGGUGAAAUGUAUGUAGAAAACUGAGUAUCUGCACAAACGGCACACCAUCCGUUCAUCCAUCCACCAGCGCACGCACAUGCUGUCGGUGUCUUGCGACUGCGAUGACACAUCAUGCACGUAACUGCCAUUUCACACCUCUUCGCACAAGACGAAAACAACUCAAGACGUGCAAGAGGCACCGAGAGAUGGCCACACAUCAUUCGAAUGCCGGCCGCUGUUCUCCACCCUUCCCCCGCCCCCAUACUGAUGUGCCGUUCUUCCUACACGUGCGUCGCAUGGCAGUGGGCUGCAUGUGAGCACACACGCAGCAGGCUCGGGCCAUCAAGAUGAAGGACGGGGGCUGGAGAACAUCGCGACAUUCAGCUGGCCAGACGAGAGAGGGAGGGGAAAGCUCAUCGAUGGGGCUGCUCUCUUCUCCAAAAAUGUCCAUCCCGGCCUUAAAACGCCAACCAAUCAACCAGACCAAUGCACCAGCACCGUCCGUCCCCCGCUCGCAGAGGGACUUAAAUCACCACACAUCUAGACAUGGCAUGGCACGCACCCGCACCUCCCCCACCGACACGACACGAGCAUGCAUGCGCCAUCCGACCGUGAAAAAGCCUUCCUCACUCUUCAAAACGGCCCCACAUCACACACACACACACACACGCACAAGCAGACGAAGACUACCACACCUACCGCUCUCUUCUCUAUCACUCACUUCUUGGCGACUGCCUCCCUCCUCUGUCUGACGGCCGCAGCGAGGUUCUCGAGCACCUUGACCGUGUCCAUCCAGUGGAUGCAGGCAUCAGUCACCGACACGCCGUACCGCAGGCUCGACAGCACCGUCGACCGCUGCCCCUCUGGGCCGAGCUGCCCGGGCCCGCUGCCGUGCAGGGUGGUGGGGGAGUCGUUCUUGUUGUUGAUGAUGUCGGACAGCUUGUCGCCGGUGGGGAGGUCCUGCUUGCCCUCGAAGAGGUGGGACUCGAUCAUCACGCCCAUGAUGCCCAUCUCGCCCUUGGACAGCUGGCUGCAGAUGUCCUCGGCUACCUGCAACAAACAGAGACGAGAUGUCGCCGUGUGUUGGGCCUUCCCUUCUCCCCCUCUGGCAGGCAGGGAGCAGGACUGACCUUGGGUUGCCUGUUGUGGUCCUUCUGGCUGUUGCCGUGGGAGCAGUCGACCAUGACCUUGGGCACCACCUUGUUCUUGGUCAGCUUGUCAGCGGCGCCCUGGAUGUGCUCUGAGGCGUAGUUGGGGCCCGUCGCACCGCCUCGCAGCACCACGUGUGUGUCCUUAUUGCCCAUCGACAGCACGAUGGCCGGCAGCCCCUGCUUGGUGAUCGACAGGAAACUGUGGGGGAACUGCGCCGAUCGCACCGCGUCGAUGGCCACCUGUAUGUCACCUGACGAAGAGCAAGACAAACAAGGAUCAGAGAGCGAAUGGUUGUCAGUCACGUGGGGAUAGAACGCACCUGAGGUGGCGUUCUUGAAGCCGACGGGCAUGGACAGCCCCGAUGCGAGUUGUCGGUGCAGCUGGCUCUCGGUGGUGCGGGCGCCGAUGGCCGCCCAAGCGACAAGGUCGGCGAUGUACUGAGGGAUCAUGGUGUCCAGGAACUCACACGCACACGGCAGCUCCAUGUUGUUGAUGUCAGCCAGGAUGCGACGACCGAUCUUCAGACCCUGCCAGCCAAAGAGCACACGAGAGAGAGGUGUGUCAGUGCUCAUGCGGCGGGGAGGUGUGUGAAGAGAAGCAUGGUGCUGGUCACGUGGUUGAUGUCGUAUGAUUCGUCGAGGUGGGGGUCGUUGAUGAGGCCCUUCCACCCCACAGUCGUACGCGGCUUCUCGAAGUACACACGCAUCAGAAUCAACAAAUCCUUGGACAGACGGGUCGCCUCGGCCUGCACACACACACACACACACACGGACACACACACGGAGCAGCCGGCGCGUGAACACUACGUCACACCUUUCUUGAUGCGUAUGUAUCGUAUUGCACACCUUGAGUCUUGUCCCAUACUCAAUGGCGGCCUUUGCAUCGUGGAUGGAGCACGGCCCCACGACGACCACGAGCCUGUCGUCCUUUCCGUUGAGUAUGUCCGAGACGGCCUGUCUUGCCUGCUGCACGGUCCUCUUGCCCUGCGGCGUGUUGGGGAUCUCCUCCAUCAGCAGCUGGGGGUAGAUGACGGCCUUGAUGGACUCGAUGCGCAGGUUGUCCACCUCGGGGUCGGUGAAGUACUCGGUGAAGUGCCGCUGGGAGGCCGGGCCGCCCUCCACCCCAUCAACGGCAUCGAUCUUCCGCUUUUUCCGCUCCUCACCAUUCGCCAUCGCUGGCACAGCUGCACCAUUGCUCGACAUCCCCAAUACGACGCGGAGAAAUG